UGUCAAGUCGAGCAAACUCCACAAACAACUCGGUGUGUCGUAAAAAAUUCGUAAAAAUUAACGUUAUUUGUUUAAGUAGAACGUUUGGCGUCGUGUGGCUGUGAACGAAUGUGUCAACAAUAAAAGUUAAAAUGAAUUUCAUAAUUGAAAAAAGAAAGUUUUAUAAAUGCAAUGGAAAAAUGUACAACGCGAAGCAAUUAGUUGUGAAUAUACAGAUUAGUGGUACCACGGAAUAUGGCUGAAAAAAGUGAAGAAAUUAGUGGGACCACUGAGUAAACGAAUGGCGCGGUACAAAACUGGCAAUAAUGAGUGCAAAGCAAAAUGCCAAAGUGGUUUCAACUAUUCGACGCUAGGCGUCGGUUGAUGUGAUGCAAACGUCAAAAAUGCAACGCUGACAGGGGUGUCUCUAUGUAUGUGUGCAAAACUCAUCGAAAUGUUGGUAGUAGAUCCACACGCCAUAUUUAAUUUCUAACAGCAAAAAAGCCAUUUUCCGUAAAUCAUGCAAUAUUUCUUUUGAAAAUUUAUAAAAAAUGUCAAGUACUACAUGAAAAGUGUGUGUAUCGAUAAUCAAACUAAUUGAAUAACAAGUUCUUUCCACGAGAUUUAAUUCGGUGAAAAAGUGUUGCCAGAAUGGCCUAUUAUAUACAGAGCCUUGAUGACAACAUAAAACUUUAUACUACGGACGUCCAAGUGGUUCAUGUGGCUAGCGAUGAUGUUGGUGUCAGUAAUCCAAAUAGAGCACAGCAAAUUGUUAUGGACGAUAGUUCACAGAUUCUGCUGCAAAACGAGGGUGGACCUCAACAGGUUGUCUAUCAAACGCAGGCAACGCCUACGCAGUAUCAGCCACCGCAGCCCGGUCAAACCUAUACAAUACUAGGCGACGAUAUUAACCAGACACAGACACAGCAGGUACAUCAGCAAACGUCACAGCAACAGCAGCAACAGAAUUCGCAGCACCCACAACAGCAAGUUCUAAUGCACCAACAACAACAGCAGCAGGCACAACAGCAUCAAGUUAUGGAUCAUCAGCAACAUCAAAUGCAAACGACAUAUCAAUUGCAAGCAGAUCCCCAGCAAGAGCAAAUGCAACAACACGUCCAGACGUCUGCACCCCAACAGCAACCACCUCAAAUCUAUUAUACGACAGAACAGUUGGUGCACCAGCAACAACAGCAGAAGAAAGUGUAUAUACAACAGCAGCCCCCACCACCGCCACCUACAAUGCAACAACAAUAUCAACCUCAUCCCCAACAGCAAACUCAUCAGCAAAUUAUGCACCAACAGCCGCCACAACCGCCUCCCCAACAACAGCAUAUUUUACAGAGCCCCCAACAUCAGCAGGUUCAAGUACAACAUCAAGUUUCGACCGCUAACCAGCAGCAGCAACAACAACCUCAAAUAAUCUACAGAAUGCAGCCGCAUCAGACGCAACAACUUCAACAGCAAACCCAGCUGUUGGGUAAUGCACAACUGAUAGUGCAACAGCCAUCUGGACAGCAAGUUUUGAUACAGCAGCCGCAGCAACAGGAGCUGAUAAUGAGGCAACAACCACGUGUUGUCUAUGGCGGUAAUCGCAUUGUGAAUUUUACACCACAACAAGCGGCAACGCAGCAGCAACAACAGCAAACAAUAAUGCAGUCACAGUCCCAUCCUCAGCAACAGCACAUACAACUGCAAACGAACGCUUUGCAUCAUAAUCCAACGGCUCAUAUGGUGCAGCAAACAUCACGGGUACAGCAACAACACCAGGCGGCGCAACAACACAACCCAUCUCAGCAACAACAAAUGCAGCAGAAUGUAGUGUAUCACCAGAUCCAAGUACAAAACAGUCAGAUACCGAAGCAAACCAUUCAACAGAAUUCUGGUGCUCACCAGCAGCAGCAGCAACAACACUUGCAGAUGCAACAACAACAGCAUGCUCAGCAGCAACAAACCCAAAUGGUAGGUCAAAUAACAAAUCCAAACGGAACUACAAUAAUACGAACUACUGGUGUAAGAGGUGGAAAAAUUGGACGUGGUGCAGUGGGGGGCACACUGAUCGCUCGCAUGCCAGGCAUGACUGCUGGAGUAACGAGGUCAGUUUUUAAUGCUACUGGGUCCAUUGGAGGUGGUGGGGGUCGGAUUUUGGGCACCCCACGACCGCGAUGUAGCACUACUGCGGGCACUUCGACUAGAGGGCGUGGCGGUAGAGGAGCACGUGGAGCUCCUGCCCUAGCUGCUGGGCGUGGAGUUCAGUUGACGCCUAGCAUGGCCACCAAUGCACAAUUGUCCUCUCUGCAACAAGGGAAGUUAAUUACUCCAGGCCAAGGAAUGCGCCAAGUGUAUAGAACUCAACUUGCCGAUGGCAGUGUUCAACAGCAAAUACACUUAGUACAAGCUCAGCCAAGAAAUCCAGGUGUUGUAGGCCGUUUCAGAUCGCCGGGAGUGGGAGUGCAACAACAAUCGCAGCAGCAACCUCAAGCGCAGCCGCAACAGCAGCAACAACAACAACAACAACAGCAGCAGCAAGCUACUCCACAAUCGUCGCCACCACAAUCUUCCGCCUCAAAUUCAAGUGGGACUGGAGGAAAUUUUGAUUUAGACUUAGAGGAUAGCAUACAGGCUGUAUUUGUUAAGAAAGAUGGCCAGAAGCAACAAGUCCCCGCCGGCGUAGCGAGCCAAAAUACCACCAAUGCUGCGGUCACACCCGCUAACAAUGCAGGUACUACUCUCACCACUUAUUAUGCGGCCAAGGAUGAUGAUGAAAACCGUCUAAUAAAAACACAAAGUGGGGCGCACAUGACGUUAGCCGAGUAUAAGAAACGCAAUGCUGCUGCUGGCAAUCCCACGCAGAUUGUACAAAAUUCGAAUACUACGUGCAUAAAACCUCUGCAGCAAGCGUCAAAAAUCUCUUUACCGGCUGCUGGUCAGUCCCCCUUGCACUCUGUCCCGGUGGCUCGUGUGGCACCGCAAAAGCAUAUUGUGCCAAAAGACCAAGCGGGUGUUCCUGUAACCACUCCGAGCCCUGUGCCUAACAGGCCGCCGGCAGGUUCAUCAGUCUAUCAAACAUCGCACAAUAACUACGAGAUACAGACACAGCAUGUCUUACAGAAUAGAGCUGGCCAACAAAUGGCUGAAAAAGAUCGUAACAGUGCCAAAAUGUUAGUUAUAUUGGUGUCGGGAGAGCAACGCUUGAUUACGUUCACACUACCGCGAGAAUCGUGUACUGUACAGGACCUGCUCGAACAGGUGGGGGUUCCAUUUGAUGACAACACCACAAUACAGUGUGUCGAAAAUCCUGGCGCAAACAUAGACUUUGUGGUGACGGUUGGCUUUUCGGUACAGGAAUCUGCUAGUGAGUUGAUAUCUAGAGCCGAGCAGAGCCUUCAGAUUAGUCGGCAACAGGAAAGUUUGCAGCAGAAUUCUUCUCAGGCCAAUUCACAUGGGCCGGAAAGUGCAACAGCUGCACAAAGUACAGCACAGCAUGCCGCUGCAGCACCCGCACCAGCAACAGCAGCUACACCAACUGGCGUGGUUUCUACAUCUGCAUCGGCAUCAUCAAGCCCCGCCCCAUCGGAAAGCUCUACUAAGGAUCAAACGGCGGCCCCACAACCAUCCGCCGCCAAUAAAAUGAUAGCAGCAGCUUCCAACUCAUCGAAAUCUAACGAAGAAGGUGCGCAACGUAAACUCAUCCAAGGAUUUUAUGCCAUCUGUCAGAGUUGCGGUUUUAGCGGUUACGAUCAUUCGAAAUGCGAACGAUGCAAGCGUGUAUUUCACGAACCACCCAAAAAGAUUCCAAUCAAACAGGCAAAUACGACGGCCGCAUCAACAGGCAACUUUAGUAAUUUGAGUGCAUCUGCACCUUUGGAAUCUCCGAGCCCCAACACAAUGCCAAUGGAGAAGAAGCGACAUCACGGCGACAAUGCUGCAGCGGUCGGUGGUUCGCAAAGGGGCAAAUCGUCAAUUGCCUACAAUCCUAAUGGCCCUCCGACUAGAGGACGUGGUGGCUCUCAGGGUGGUAGAGGUCGGGGAAGUCGUUCGCGCCGAGCAGCAGAAGUUGAACCCGUAAUUUUAACCCUUAGCAGCGAUGAAGAGGAUGAUGAAUCUUCAAACAAAGGAAGCUCUAGCUAUGGCCAUUUUGCUGCAGCCAUGAGUACCACAUCUGCGUCAUUAUUUUCAUCAUACAAACCUCUCCCAUUUGAGCCAAAUAUACCCGAAAAUGAUGAAACAAUUUUAUACAGCGAUUUUAAGCGUGACGAUGUCACUGAUCUCUCCAACUGCAGCGAUAAAUUAAGCUGCAACUUGUCUUGUAAAUACGUGCGGUUGGGUACUUUUUGCUUUGAACCUUCGGAGCAGAUAAUUAUAACCUCAAAGGGCAUACGCUUGGUUGCACCACUGGAAACAAAUCCUUCGGAAACAUUCCCUUUACACAUACAUAAAAAAGAGAUAGUUAAGGUCAUUGCCCACUUUUCCAAGGUAUCGGAUUCAAUGUUAUGUUUUUACACUCUACGUGCUUGUGCUCAGUAUAUAAAAAGUUCAUUAAAAAUGACGGAUGUUGUCCAACCUUUGGAUGGAGUAACAUAUUUCUCUCCCAAUGGCCCCUAUCAAAUACGAAAGAUCAUUGUGCAGUUUCAAACCAUUAGCGAUCAGGCCAAAAGUGUCAUACGGUCCAUAUGGGACUUUCUGGACGAGAUCUCUGAAACUGACGCACAAGACUUAUUACAAAGAGCAGCUGAGUCUGAUCGAAAGGUAGCCAAUACAAAGAAUUCAAGUGAAAACAUGUCCACCACCACCCAGUUGCAGCCCAAUGAAAUCAGACAAUUAUUGAUUUAUCCUCCUGGUAAAGGCGGCAUUUCUAUUAACACAGAAGAUUACAUGUGUCUUGCAACAGACCAGUACUUGAACGAUAUCAUAAUUGAUUUUUAUUUAAAAUGGGUCCACAAUAAUGUCAUACCAGAUGCACAAAAAGAACGCACUCAUAUUUUUAGUACGUUCUUCUAUAAACGUUUGACUACAUUAACGCGCCACAUCAAUCACGAUAAAGACGUUAAACAGUCAGCAGCUCAAAAGCGACACGCCCGUGUUCAGAACUGGACCAAAAAUGUAAAUCUCUUUGAGAAGGAUUUUGUUAUUAUACCCAUAAAUGAGCAGUCGCAUUGGUUUCUGGCUAUUAUAUGUUUUCCACGACUUAAAGGUCCGGUAACAUUUGAUACAAAUGUGCCAGUGGAGUUGCAACCAAUAAAGAAAACAAAAGGUAAAAAAGUGUCGCUUCAAAUCGGCAAUACCACCAUAACGCCACUUUCGAAGCGUGACAGCACAAAUGUUCUGAGUGAAAUAUGUGGCGUCGGUGACGAUGACAGUGAACGUGAUGAAGCCGAGGGUGAUGACAGCGAUUUAGCCUCAGAGGACAGUGAUUUUGACAAUUCAAAUUCAAACACCCCCAGUAAUUCACAGACUGCUUUGCCAACUGCACCCAGCGGUGGUGCAAAUACUAACUCUUCGGGACAUCAAGCAAUUAAGCAGCCUCUGAUUUUAAUAUUCGACUCUUUAGCUGGUGCUUCGAGAAGUCGAGUCGUAGCCACACUUCGAGACUAUCUGACAUGUGAAUAUAAGGUUAAAAUGCCCGAGGCGCCAAUUCAUGCAUUCAACAAAGAUAACAUGCCCGGGCAUUGUGUUAAAGUUCCUCAACAAAACAAUUUCACCGAUUGUGGGUUAUACUUACUACAAUACGUGGAGCAUUUCUUUAAAGAUCCCAUACGUGAUUACCGUGUGCCAAUUAAGCAAUUGGCCAAUUGGUUCGAUACACUUACGGUAACAAAAAAGCGAGAGGAUAUUUCAAAUUUAUUGCAGAAACUUAUGAAUGAACGCAAUGGGCCUAACAAUAAAGUGAUACUGCCAGAAAUACCUUUCCCUACUUUAAACGGACAACUGGUGGAAACAGACGGUUACAAUAUCGAGUUUGAAGAAGAGGAAAUGGACGACGAUGAUGAGGAUGAUAAUCAAACUGGCGACAUGGAUGAUAUUUCCACAGAUGAUACAAGUAAAAGUAAGACUCCUGUGAAAAUGGGUUCAGCCUCUUCUGCGACAGCUACAAACGUCUCUACUUCUGCCAUGCCAUCGUUGGUGCCAACACAGGGACGUAAGAUUGUGUUAAAACGACGAAUGCAAAUAGCCGGUGCCCCAACAGGCGAAUCUAAUUCAUCAACUUCACCCUCAAUAGGCAGCACACCUACUCAGGCAAACGCACAGGCAACAGUCCCACAACAGCGAGUGCCAAAUAUGACUAAAAUGCGUAAAGUAGAGCCAUAAUUAUGCAUUUAUGAACUCCUCAUUCAUCGUUUUUCAUUCGCGCACCUUUUCGGUUCCAUUCAUGCCAACCACGCAAAUCACGUUUGUUAUAUAAUAAUUAAUAUAGUUUUUUUCUAAGAUAACGCGUCGUAUAGUCUUUUAAAUACUCUCCUAUUACAAAUUUAAGGAUGUUUCAUAUAAAAAUCGAAUUUUAGUUUAGACAUUAUAAUUUCUCUACCAUUCACAUUUAUAAAUAUCCAUAGGAAAAUAUAACAGAUGGGAUGUUAUUAAAAUGAAAGAAAUUUUGCUGUA